CCUGUGUACAAUCUUACCUGGAGCUUUAUUUGUAGGAGGAUGUUACCUUGAUACCUGGCUGAGGUGUGUGUGUGAGAUGUGUACGAGUUUCUGGAGGAGGUAGAGGAAGAUCUUGUUACAACAGGCGGACAACACAGGUGUAGCAACUUGAUGAUCAUCAUACCUUAGCAGAAAUAUCAGUGAACUAUAGCGGAGAAGGAGAUGGAGUUUCGAUUUGGGCUCAGGAUCUUUUUGGUCCAGACCAUACUGGCUUUGACAUUGUGCGGAGGUGGCGUUAAAGGACAAAGGGCAGGCUGCAAGAACGUCCAUUAUGAUCUGGUUUUCAUCUUGGAUACUUCUUCCAGUGUGGGCAAGGAAAACUUCGAGAAGAUCCGCCAGUGGGUUGCAAACCUGGUGGAAUCGUUUGACGUAGGUGUGGAUAAGACCCGUGUGGCUGUGGUCCGUUAUAGUGAUCGUCCCACCGCCGAAUUCAACCUGGGCAGAUACAGAACUCUUGGAGAGGUCAAACGUGCUGCUGCAAACAUCCGCUACCUGGGUGGGAACACCAAGACUGGAGAUGCCAUCAGCUUCACCGUUAAUAACAUCUUCACGGAGAGGGCAGGGGCACGGCCUGCCGCCAAGGGCUUUCAGAAAGUGGCAAUCUUGCUAACGGACGGCAAGAGUCAGGAUUUUGUUUUGGAGCCAUCUGUAGCGGCAGCAGCUGCUGGGAUCAGGUUGUUCGCUGUGGGGAUUGGAGAAGCUCUGAGGGAGGAGCUAGAUGAGAUUGCAGCAGAGCCCAAAAAUGCUCAUGUGUUCCAUGUGACAGACUUUGAUGCGAUUGACAAGAUCAGGGGCAGGUUGAGGAGGCGUCUCUGCGAGAAUGUUCUGUGUCCCAACAUGAAAGUUCAAGCGGGCCGUUUUAGGCCGAAUAGCACCAGUGCAGGACUGACGGAGGUGCCAGGUUUUGAUUUGAUGGAAUAUUUCAAUGUGAGAGAUUUUCUCGGGGAGAAGUUUGAGCCAGGUCAGACCCCCUAUGUUCGGCUUGGUACCAUGCCCAUAGUCCAAAAAACAGAAGAUGUGUUGCCUCAAGGUCUACCAGAUGAAUAUGCCUUUGUGACUACAUUUAAGUUCAGAAAGACCUCUCGUAAAGAAGACUGGUACCUGUGGCAGGUCUAUGACAAAUAUGGCAUCCCACAGGUCUCAAUCCGUCUUGACGGGGAGAACAAAGCAGUGGAGUACAAUGCGGUAGGCCUGACGAAGGACGCUGUUCGUGCGGUCUUUAGAAACCCAGAGGUGGACAACCUGUUUGACCGUAACUGGCAUAAGAUCGGUAUGAGGGUGGACUCCAAGUCUGUGUCCUUGUUUCUGGACUGUAAACACAUUGCGUCGCUGCCCAUAGAGGACAGAGAAGACAUCGACAUCCAGGGAAAGACCGUCAUCGGCAAAAGACUCUACGACAGUGUUCCCAUUGAUUUUGACCUCCAGAGGAUGGUGAUCUACUGUGAUGGUAAACAGGCAGAGCAAGAGGCAUGUUGUGAUAUUCCUGGUGGCCCUUGUGAACAAUCUCUGGUGACCGAGGCCCCCCCACUCCCUUUGCCCACCCCAAAACCAACAAGUGCUGAGCAGAAGAAACCAGCCGUAGUGAACUGCUCCUGCCCUGCAGGGGAAAGGGGCGAGACAGGCCCACCAGGUGGCACGGGGCCCAAGGGCGAAAAGGGGGAUCUUGGUCUAAAAGGGGCUGAAGGAGCACCAGGACUUAAGGGGCAGAAAGGAGAACGUGGUCAGGCUGUCUCUAUCAAAGGUGAUAGAGGGGAGAAGGGGGACAAUGGCGAGCGUGGUGAACCUGGAGCAAGAGGAGAUAAGGGCGAGAGAGGAUCAGAUGGUUUAGCAGGUCUGGCUGGGAAACAAGGAGAUAAGGGAGAGAGAGGUGAGCGAGGGCUCUCAGGUGAAGCUGGGUUACCUGGACCUCUUGGACCGAAGGGUAUCCAAGGUAACGCUGGUCCUCCUGGAGCGCCUGGUCCUCAAGGGGUGUCUGGUGGUGCAGGAGUAAAAGGAGAGAAAGGUUCACCUGGAGAUCAGGGUGAGCCAGGUUUAGACGGGUUUCCAGGGAAACCUGGUGUUCCAGGAAAAGAUGGUCUUAGGGGGUUAAUUGGUUCUCCUGGCCCAAAUGGAGUCAAAGGAGAGAAGGGAGAAAGAGGCCCGGCUGGAAUACCUGGAGAUGCGGUUCAGCUGGCAGGACUCAAGGGGGAGACUGGUGUCUCUGGCCCACAAGGGCCCCCAGGGGCAGAUGGCCCUCCUGGACCUCCUGGCCCACCUGGACCCCCAGGUUUGGCUGGGGAGCCUGGCGAGAAUGGACAAAGAGGUAAAAAAGGAGAUGCAGGAUUGCCUGGAGUUGAUGGUCUCCCAGGACUACCUGGUCCUCAAGGGCCUAUUGGACCUGCUGGUAGCCCUGGGCAGACGGGACCUCCAGGAUUACCUGGUGAAAUCGGAUUCUCAGGAAAACCAGGAGAACCAGGAAAACCAGGCAUGGCAGGAAAGGAUGGACAAGAUGGUUUCCCUGGAAACGAUGGAGAAAAGGGACAAAGAGGAGAACCUGGACAGGACGGCUUCCCUGGAAAACCUGGAUUGAAGGGAGAUGAAGGACCUCCGGGACCACGCGGACCUGCAGGUGAACCGGGAGAGCCCGGUUUAGCUGGGCAGGCUGGCCCAAUGGGACCCAAAGGAGAGAGAGGAGGCCAGGGUGAGAGGGGAAGAGACGGACCAACUGGAGCAAAAGGAGAGAAAGGAGACAAGGGUGAGAUAGGCCCCAGAGGGCCAGCAGGGGCCCCAGGAAAUGUGGCCAAUGUGAUCCCUGAACCAGGUGAACCGGGUAAGCCUGGAGAGAAAGGAGAGAAAGGGGACCAAGGAAAACCAGGCGAGAUGGGUCAAAGGGGACUUCCUGGAGAGCAGGGCUUCAGAGGACAACCAGGGCCUCUGGGCCCUAAGGGUGAUUCGGGUGAUAAAGGAGAGGCCGGGAGAAACGGAGAUCCAGGUCCACCAGGAUUGACGGGCCCUCAGGGGCCCCGAGGGCUGCCAGGCAAUGUGGGUAUUCCGGGCAGUAUCGGUCCACCUGGUAUUGCAGGACAGAGAGGAGAGAAGGGUGAUGCAGGCAAAGAUGGCCCCUCUGGACCCCCGGGCCCAAAUGGUGAUCCGGGUUUAAGAGGAGAAAUUGGUUUACCAGGAAAAGGCAAAGAUGGAGAAAAGGGAGAUACUGGACCUCCGGGGCCAGCCGGCCCUCCUGGACUGAAGGGUCUGCCUGGUCCUCAGGGAAUGCAGGGGAUGCCAGGGAACAGAGGACCCCCAGGAGAAGGGACCACUGGACCCCCAGGGCCUCCUGGACCAGCGGGGCCACCAGGAGCAGCGGGUUUGAGAGGACCUUCUGGAGUGGCUGGACCACAGGGACCUGCGGGACACAACGGGUUGCCAGGAAGACCUGGAGAGAAGGGCUCCCCUGGAGAACCGGGAAAAGCUGCAGACCUUUCUGAUCUGAACCUGAAGGACGUUUGUUCAGAUUGUCCUCCAGGACCGGCUGGACCCCCGGGUAUGCCUGGAGCUCCAGGUGACAAAGGUCAUUCUGGGCCGCCUGGGAAAAACGGACAGGAUGGGUAUCAGGGUCCACCUGGACCAGUAGGACCUUCAGGGCCACCUGGUGCUGAUGGUACCAAGGGGGUCAAAGGUGACAGAGGACCUCCAGGUACAGCAGGAGAGAAAGGCGAAAAGGGGCCCCCAGGACCUCCUGGUUAUCCAGGGGCCGCAGGAGCCAUGGGUCAACCUGGUAAUGAUGGAAACCCAGGGCUUAUUGGGCCACCAGGAAGUCCUGGAGAAAAGGGUAAAGAAGGGCUGAAGGGAAUCCAGGGACCUCCGGGUCUACCAGGUUUAAUGGGCAUGAUGGGUAAACCUGGAAAGGAUGGAAGAGCAGGAGAACCAGGAGAGCCGGGCAAGCAGGGUGAGACCGGAGCACCAGGCAGAGAUGGACUCAGAGGAAUGCCUGGUUUCAAAGGUCAUAGAGGGGAACCAGGGGAACCAGGGUCAAAGGGCGAAGAAGGGAAGCAGGGAUCUCCUGGACGUGAAGGUUCACCUGGGAAAGAUGGUAACGCAGGACCACCGGGGCCAGAAGGCAUGAGGGGGCCAAGAGGAGAAUCGGGUCAACCAGGAGAGCCAGGAGCACAAGGCAAGCCUGGAGCUCAGGGAAAUCCGGGUCAGCCAGGACACAAAGGUGAGGCGGGGAGCCCUGGAUUACCCGGUUUUCUUGGCCCAAAAGGACCGUCGGGUCUACCUGGUCCAAUUGGCCCGGAGGGCAAACAAGGUAUGCCAGGAAAACCAGGAGACAGAGGACACAAAGGAGACAAGGGUGAUAAUGGAAUUAAGGGAGACAAAGGACCCACUGGAGAUCCGGGCAUGCCAGGUCACCCUGGGCCUCCAGGUAGAAAGGGUCACACAGGGAUGAUGGGAAUGGCGGGACCCCCUGGGGAAGUGGGUCCUGCUGGACCCCCUGGUCAGCCAGGACAGUCAGGUCUCCCAGGAAUCAGAGGCGAGACACCAUCAAUGGAACAAAUGCGACGGCUCAUUCAAGAGGAGCUAGCUAAACAAUUAGAUGCAAAGUUGGCAUACUUCAUGGCUCAAAUACAGCCCGCUCAUAUCAAGAGCACGGCUGGACGUCCCGGGCCACCUGGUUCACCAGGUAAAGACGGAUCCCCUGGCCGACAAGGCCUGCCUGGAGAGCCUGGGAUACCCGGACAAAAUGGAGCAGAGGGACCCAGAGGCCCUAUGGGUCCUAAAGGUGAACGAGGAGCAAGAGGUGAAAAGGGAGAGGACGGUGUUGGACAGAGAGGAGAACCUGGUCCACCUGGUCCCAUUGGUCCUGCAGGAAUGCCAGGUUAUGGAAAAGAUGGUCUUCCUGGAUCCGCGGGAGCUCAGGGAGAGCCUGGUCAUCCUGGCCCUCACGGUCAGCCUGGACCAUCGGGUCCGCCAGGCCAGUGUGACCCCUCCCAGUGUGCAUACUAUGCCAGCCUGGCCUCAAGACCUCACACUAAAAAUGUCAAGGGGACUUAAUGCACUUCUUACUGUCCUGGUCUAGCAGCUAAUUAUGAACUUGGACAUUCAGUAAGCCAAGAAUAUCCUCUCUUAAGAUCAAGAAAACUCCAGUCUGGAGUGUCUGAGGGGUGUGAAUAUGUGUGUGAGUGUGUGUGUGUGUUUAUAAUAGGUUUUUCACACUGUGCUAAACCUUGGGUUAACGUAAUUUUUAACACCAGGUUUUGGCCACUUUCAACCCUAGGGUUAGGCAAUGUUUCACAUUUGUAAUUUUGAAAGGGUGAUAGUGUUUUUAACCCUGGGUUACGAAGCCCUGCUCCACCGCACAGUUAGCAUUGCUUUUUGAGGUAUAAGGUUUAAAGUGGGAAACAAUAUGGUGCAAAAAUCUUAUGCCGAGUUGUAUAGCAUUAGACUAACAAUGAUAUACUUAAAACAGGAGCACAUCAAGACAUUUUGAAGUUGUGUCCAGGCUUGGAAAAGUUCACAUACAUGAAUAUACACUCACUUAGAAGUUUAUUAGGAACACUAUGGUCCUAAUAACAUGCCCGACGUGGUCUUCUGCUGUUGUUGCCGAUUCGCCUCAAUGUGCAACGUGUUGUGCAUUCUGAGAUGAUAUUCUUCUCACCACAAUUGUACAGAACGGUUAUCUGAGUCACCGUAGCCUUUCUGUCAGCUCGAACCAUUCUGCCCAUUCUCCGUUGACCUCUCUCAACAAGCCGUUUCCGUCCGCAGAACUGCCGCUCACUGGAUGUUUUUUUGUUUCUGGCACCAUUCGGAGUAAAUUCUAGAGACUGUUGUGCAUGAAAAUCCCAGGAGAUCAGCAGUUACAGAAAUACUCAAACCAGCCCAUCUGGCACCAACAAUCAUGCCACGGUUCAAAUCACUGAGAUCAAAUUUUUUCCCCAUUCUAAUGGUUGAUGUUAACAUUAACUAAAGCUCCUGACCCAUAUCUGCAUGAUUUUAUGCGUUUUAUGCUGAUUAGAUAAUCGCAUGAAUAAGUAGGUGUACAGGUGUUCCUAAUAAAGUGCUCAGUGAGUGUAUAUUUUUCUAGUCAUGUGUGGCUCCAAAAAAAAUCAAUCAGCGAGAUAUUGAUCUGUUGUGUAGAGGUCUGCAACCCGACCUGGGUCAGACAGGACCCAGUUCAGGUCAGUUUUUCAAGUAGGACUUCGGGUUUGGGUCGGGUUCGGUCGGGUUUGUAAUUAAUAAAAAAAUAACUUGAUUCACGCACGUGCUCUCACUCACAGACAUGCGCAAAUGGACGAGUUAUGGGCCGUUCACACCGAAUGUGUUUUGCCCAUGUCUGUUCUGUUUUCCCAUUGUUUAAACACAUGCUGGAUGAAUGUCUUUGACAUUUGCAACGCGUCUCGCUUUUUCUUCAGCAUCUCGCACAGGACCGGCAUAUUUUAAACACCAUGUAAAGGUAAAAAACUUCAAAUUGUCAAAAACACAUGUUGAGAUACCUGUGCUCUGUUUCAUUCUUUGUGCUGUGUCUAGUUUGUUUUCAGUGCAGUUGUCACAUAGAUUCAACAUUCUAAACAAGUUCAGGCUGCAUAGAGGGACUGUUGCAUUGUUUCAUUUUAUUCCAGAUUGUUCUGCACCAAGUGAAGUUUCAGCUUAUGAACAGUAAGGCAAUGCUUUUUCCCCUUCUGCUCUAGUGUAAUAAGGUGCUGCCAUGCCUUGUUAAAACUGUGUAUAUUUAUUGUUUCAGUACUGUAAAUGACUUACGAAUGUUGCCUAUAUGCUUACAUAAAAUAUAGCCUAUUGCAACAGUACUUGCUAGGAGAAGAAAUUAGAUAGUAAGCAAUUUCGGGUCAGGUUGGGGCUUCAAAUCUGAUGAUAUCAUUCGGGCCGGGUAGGGUUGGGUUUAAUUUUAAGGCCCGUGCAGACCUCUAGUGUAGAGUAAAAGCCAAAGUGAUACCUUAUUUUUGAGCGGAUAAUUUUUUUGAGUCAUGUCGUUUUAAUGAAUCAGUUCAGUCGGUUUUGAUCAAAAUGGUCGGAAUAAUAAAAAUCCUUAUCCAAGUUAUCACAAAUGACUAGAAAGCUCAUGGAAAAGUCAUAGUAAUCCAGUUGAAAAAGUGUGGGAACCCUGUCUUUAGAUAUUCAUGCGCUUUGUACAGUUGCAGAAAUAAUCAUGUUUAGUUUCACAGUCUGAGGAACAGUUAAAAAUGUCAAAUUGUUAGUACGUUUAUAUGCACUUUAAAAGUUCGAUUUCAGUUGGACUACAACAAUAAUGUCAUGUAAAUGCUUUAGUCAGACUGAAAUUGUACCAGUCCGAUAUUUGCUACAAUAAGUCAGACUAAUAGACCAAGAUAAUGUUAUUGUAAUAUGGCAUUGUCCAGCAUGUAUACACCUUAAUCGAACCCUAAUCGGACCUCUGUGUUAUGCAAUGACUCGCAACAUGUAUUUAACACAUUCGAGUAUGCAUUGUGUCAUGUGUACUUGGUGAAGACUGUUGUUUGACUACGCUUGAUGAUAACUGCGCAUGUAAACGCAGAGUGAACGCAUUAACUGGAGCGAUAAAGUGACAAUAUUAUUUUUACAAUUAUUCCCACGGAUACUGUGCUUACUGUGUGCUGUAUGUGUCCAAUCAGUGCUAUUAACCUCAUAAACAUGCAAGAAAGAACGUUAACCCAGGGUUUACAAAUGUACAGUGUAAAAUCGCGAAAACCAGAGUACCCGGGAUAAAUUACUAGCCCAGAACGAAGAGUGUGAAACAUUGAACAAGAUAACCCAGGGUUAAAAAUGGCCCAUGGUCAACCAUUUCAAGUGUGAAAAGCCCAUAAAUGUCCUGCCGUCAGAGGUAGAUAUCAUUUUUUUUAAAGUGACAAGGUGAUAUUUAGGAGUUUUCAGUCAGGGUAUUUACUUAAAAUCAAGACGUUAAGGUUUUUCAUUCAACAGGGCAAGGUUCCUGUUACGAAGGAAAAACAUGUACUACCUUGAUGAUGUCAUAGGUUUGCUGCAAAUGUUUGCUGACGCUGUUUGGUCUGUCAUCAAGGUAUUGAUCCAUUGUUAGAAACACCUGUACCAAGUCAGUAUGUGUUUAUCAAGUCUGGGGAAUUCUCUACUUGAGUUAUAUUGAUGAAGUGCUCUGUUCUGCUGGGAAAAACUCUGCAGGGCGUUAUUUGCUUCAUCAAUAGUUGGUCUCAACAAUAAUUUUUAUUGGAGGUACUGAAGAAUGUGGGGAAAUGCAUACAGUGCCUUUUAACUGCUCUUUUUUUUAAUGUAGCCAUUGGUUUGUAAGAUAUAUCUCUUUUUUUAAGACAUGAAUCAUGAGGAUAAUAUGCAGUUUUAUCAUUUAGAUCAUUAAACUUUCAUUUUUUCAAUGACUGACUUUUGUUUCCUCAGGCAGUUUUUCACGCUUUUAUACUUUAAAGAGAAUUCAAAGCCUUUGAUUGUAACUGCAGCACAGCCGGUUUGAAUAUAAAAUGACAACUGAUGGAAUAGUUAAAGAAAUAUUCUAGGCUCAAUUGACAGCAUUUGUGGCAUAAUGUUGAUUACCAUAAAAAAAUAACUUUGACUCGUCCUUUCUUUUCUUUAAAAAAAAGCAAAUAUCGAAAUUACAGUGAGGCACUUAUAAUGAAAUUGAAUGGAGCCAUUUUUGGAGGAUUUAAAGGCAGAAAUGUGAAGAUUAUCAUUUUAUAUAAGCACUUACAUUAAUUCUUCUGUAAGUUGUUUACAUUUUUGUUUACAUGGUGGUUUUAGGGUUUACGGCAUCACGUCACAUGCCAACGAAGUUGUAAAAUUGUCUAUAAUUUUACACAGAGAAGGUUAGUAAGCGAUUCGAUCACUAAAAUAAUGUUAACAAGCAUAUUGUUUUUGUCUUGUGGCUAUACUUUUGAAACAGUGAGUAUUUUAAUGUUUACCUUUUUAAAUAGUUUAAUUCUUGGGGGCCGGGGUAGCUCAGCAAGUAUUGACGCUGACUACCACCCCUGGAGUCGCGAGUUUGAAUCCAGGGUGUGUUGAGUGACUCCAGCCAGGUCACCUAAGAAACCAAAUUGGCGCGGUUGCUAAGAAGGGUAGAGUCACACGACCUCCUCGUGGUCGCUAUAAUGUGUGGUUCUCGCUCUCGGUGGGGCACAUGGUGAGUUGUGCGUGGAUGCCGUGGAGAAUAGCGUGAAGCCUCUACACGCGCUACGUCUCCGUGGUAACGCCCUCAACAAGCCACGUGAUAAGAUGCUCGGAUUGACGGUCUCAGACGCUGAGGCAACUGAGAUUUGUCCUCCACCACCCGGAUUGAGGCGAGUCACGAGGACUUAGAGCGCAUUGGGAAUUGGGCAUGCCAAAUUGGGGAGAAAAAAAAAAUAGUUUAAUUCUAGCACAGCUUAUUAGUCAUAUUAAUAUUACCAAUAAUUGCGGUCACAGCAUAGAUGGCAUUGACGUCUCUGAUAAUGUCAUUUAUAUCAGUUAUAUCUUGCAUUUUCCUUUCAAAUGGCCAUGUUGAUGUUAAUAUGAGGACCCUGGAACACAAAGUCCUAGUUAAAGAUCAGGCAGUACCAUCAUUUGUGCCACAAAAUGCUGACGGAUUGAUAUCACAGAUUGCUCCCUUGUGAGCAAAUUAAAGUCAUUGAAAGAAGUGAGAUUCAAACUCGCUCUCUUCAGCACGCAAACAAAAAUGCAAUUUAUCUUAAACUGACGAGUGUCUGAAUGUCAAUGAGAAGGUCAAGAAUAGAUUCAUACCUGCAAAAAUCCUUUGAGCUUUUAAAUUUUGAGUUAGCUUGAUUGAAAUAGCAAAAUCCAAGGACAGGGAAUUUUUCCAAAUAAUUGCAUUCUUUUUUGCAAAAGGUUAUACUUUUAAGAUCUGUUCUUUGUAGAGCUUUUAUCCACAUUGAAGGUGCUGUAAGUGAUAUACAUAUUUCAGAAACAAUGCAUAUAAUGCAUAACAGCAAAUCAGAAAUGUUUUAUGCCUGUCAAUCAUUUUGCAUACUCAAGUUUGCAGACAUCCGAUUGGCUAAAUUUCUUUGGAGGGCGAGGUUUUGGAUAGAGGAAGUUAGCAAAAAUAUUACAAUUGGUUACAGCACCUUUAAAGGAAUAUUCCAGGUUCAAUACAAGUUAAUUGACAGUAUUUGUGGCAUUUAUUUUAUUUUUUAUUUUACUUUUUAUGUAACUAGUAGCACCUA